UGGGAGCUUUGGAAUCCCCUUUGGGUUUAGUGAUUGGUGCCUCUAACGAGCAGUAUGGAGGAGCGGCAAACCAAGGCCAGCGGGCUGAGCUGGGCAAGGAGAAUGGGGUCCCUGAUCCUGCACAUUGUGCUGAUGGGUGCCCAGCAGAGCGAGGCAAACGGAGUCUGCGGGAAGCCUCAGUUGAACCUGAACCGGCUUGUGAAGGGGCAGGACACGGUGCCGGGAGAGUUCCCCUGGCAGGCCAGCAUCCAGUGGAAAGGAGUUCACAUGUGCGGGGGGUCCCUGAUCAACAACGAAUGGGUGGUGACGGCCGCUCAUUGCUUCUACCAGGUCCGGAACCUGACCCAGUACCGGGUGGUGCUGGGGGCCCAUCAACUGCUGAAGCCAAGCCCCAACGCGUGCGCCUGCCCGGUCCAGCGCAUCAUUGCCAACCCCCGCUAUGCCGGGCAGACCACGAGCGGAGACAUCGCCCUGAUCCAGCUGGCCAGGCCGGUGAAUUUCACUGACUACAUCCUGCCCAUCUGCCUCCCAGAUGUCUCCGUCAACUUCCCCCCAGGCAAAGUCUGCUGGGUGACCGGCUGGGGCCACGUGCGCUCCUGGGUGGACCUGCCCUCCCCGCAGACCCUGCAGAAGCUGCAAGUCCCCAUCAUCGACUCCAAGACGUGCAGGAACCUGUACCUCACCAACAUGCACAACAGGCCACCGAACAGGAAUAUCCAGGAUGACAUGAUCUGUGCCGGUUACGCCGAGGGCAUGAGGGAUGCCUGCAAUGGUGACUCUGGUGGCCCUAUGGCGUGCAUUGUGGGUGAUGUCUGGGUGCUGGCCGGAAUUGUCAGCUGGGGCGAAGGCUGCGCCAUCAAAAACCGCCCUGGAGUGUACAGUCGCCUCACCUCCUACCAAAGCUGGAUCCGGGAAUAUAUCCCCAGUCUAGAGUUCGUCAAGGAGCCCAAAGGCCGGGAAUCCCGUGCUGUGGCAGGCAUCAAGGGGCAAAAGCACCCUGGCGCUGGCUGGCCCAGCCAGGCUGCCUCUGUCGUUGCCAGCACCCUGCUGCUCUUUGCCUGCCUUCUGCAUCUGAUUUAAAACCAAGGUGGGUGGACAGAGGAAAAGAGAGAAUUCCCCCACUCUUCUGUCAAGCUACAAGGAAAAGGAAGAAGGAAUCUAUAUCUCUGGUCCAGUCUCCCCAGUGUUGGCUACCUAAAGGCCCUGGGUUUUAGCAUUUGGGAAAAUAUUUUAAACAUUUAAAAACUAAGGAAAUUCCCAGACAAAAAACUUUGUGAAACACUAUAAAUGUGUGUACAUUCCUCUGCAACUACAGCAAGGGUGCCAUAGUCACGAGGGGAUCAACCAGUUGUUCUGGGUCUCUAUCUUCGUGUAUAUAUUUAGGACUAGGGAGUUUAAGAUGGAACAAAACAACUUUUGCUGAUCAUUUCAUAAAUACGUGGGGCCCGGCAAUCAGCAUCUGUUUUUGCAAGGCGGGUGAGAUAACUUCGGAGGUUUUGGCUGAGGGUGAAGCUAAUCAAAAAUGUUUUGAAUGUUGCUAAUUUGACAACAACAUGUCAACAUUUCAGAUUUUGACCAGGAAACGAUUGAUAAGUAUUAAUGCCAUCGGACAAGGCCCGGGGAAGACCUCAUCUGGACUCCUGUGCUCAGUUCUGGGCACCCGAGUUAAAGAAAGUGGGACUCAGAGUUGGAUAGGUGCAGAAAAGGUCUUCAAAGACGAUCAGGGGAUUGGGAAGCCGAUCUUCUUAGAAGAGACUCAGAGAGAUUAGCUUUUUUCACCUAAAAAAACAAAGACUGAGAGGGGAACUGAGUUUGUAAAUGUAGAAAAUUUGAAAAUUGCAAAUUUAGAUGAGGAAAAUAAUAGGAAAAAUACUGACAUAAAUAAAUAAAAAUGUUUUCAAUUCUCCUCUUCCACCACCACCGUCUUUUGAGCAGCCAUCUGGGUUACAAACCAUAAGAAUAGGCAUUUUGUUUCCUGUUAUGGCCAAUUUGAAGUGGAAGUCUCUUUCCCUGGGUUGAAUGACCCCCUAUAUAAAUUUGAGAGGAUAUUUGUUGGAUUAUAUUUACAAUGGAUUAAUUGAUGGCAUUUCUCACAUGAACUAGAUCUAAAAAUCAUAAAACACAGAUAUUUAAGUACUGAGAUAAUCUGUGUAGCUUUAUGGUGUUUCCACUGCAAACUGUGAAUGCUCUAGAGCUCAUAUGUUUUGAUAUAAAGGAGUAGUCCGGUAGCUGGACACAACAUUGAUGGAUAAAUAGAGGUGUGUUGAUAAACAUGCCAGAAUUACGGGUAUUUGUGGAAAUGGUUUGAGUUUCCCAGUAUUUCAAACAUUUAACUUUAUUGUGAUUUUAAAUAUUUCAGGCUUUGCAGAUGUUUUGUAAGUGAAUUGGUUACGGCUUUAACAAAGUUUUUUGUCUGGGAAUUUCCUUAGUUUUUGUAAUCUACAAAAACUUGAUGUCGUUGGUUAUUAUUUUUCUUCUGAUCGAGCGUCUGUUUCGCUAUCAGAGAUGCAGUAGCUUGUUUCACUCACACACAAGAUAAUGCAGCAUUCCCAUAUAUUGCCACUGGAGCGUAUGACUUCUUUGGUCAAGAGAUGGUUAGCAGAUGGAGGCUGCAAACUCCACCGACUGUGCCAGUGGGGAAACGUAACCUUCUCAACCGCUGUUAAUAGACUCCUUCGACCUAGCUGCUUAGACAGGGCAUCGUGACUCUGCCGGCAGAAUUGCUGGGACCCUUGGGCCAGAGAGAUUAGUCUCAGGGAGUUUGCAUUCUUAAAUGAAGUUUAUAAACUCUGCGUCCUUGGGUUGACAUUCUCAGAAGGUUCCAAACGUGGCAGGCGAUAACAGGGACAAAUGAGUCUCCCCUCAGUGAGUGCCAAUCCAGAUUCUUCUCACCACUUGUUUAACGAAGGCCCAGAUCCUCCAGGGAGCUGAAUUUCACUGGGAGCUAGGCACCUAGAUACCUUUUCAGGAUCUGGGCCGAGAAGUGUGAGCUGAACACCAGAGAAGCCAAUGGCUCCUUACCGUUGAUUGGGUCUCCAGCUCCACUAAGGGGUGGACAACGGAAUUGUCUCAGUCUGCAGCAAGGGUUGGAUAUCAGGAAAAACUUUCCAGAUCUAAGGCUAGUUCAGGGCCAGGACGGGCUCCCUGGGGAGGUGGUGGAGGCCCCAUCGCUGGAGGUUUUUAAGAACAGGUUGGGCAAACACCUCUCAGGGAGGGUCUAGGUUGACUUGGCCCUGCCUCAGCGUGGUGGGACUGUACGAGACGACCUCUUGCGACCCCCGUCCCGCCCGCCGCUUCUGUGAUAGGCACCUCCCGCCAAGUGAAUUGUUCGUAGAGAGGAGCUGGGUUGUUUCUCCACCCUGGGAGUCCACCUCCGAGCCACCAGCCGCGGCUUGCAGGCCUUUUAUGUUGUUUAAUGUGUCCAACGUGCAUUCUGGAUACGCUCAGGC